AUGAAGAAGAAGUAUCGGUGCGACUACAUGAAAUGUCUGCGGCACCAAGAGGCGUUUGCAAGAGGAGCAGGACUGAUGGCCAACACUUGCGAAGAGCGCAGUGAUGAGCAGGUGGUGGCGCUGCAACAAGCGUCUUUUGAGGAAAGUAAAGAUCAGGCAGCGUGGGUGGGUGUGCUCUACAAGUUCAACACAUUGCGAGACACAGAGGAAGCAGUUCAGCAGUCGAUCAUGAGUGAAAAUAGUAUUUGA